UGACAGACACCUAAUCAAAUAUUUUCAUGAAAAAACAUUAAAAAUAUUUCAUUCCUUUAUAGCAAAACAUUGUGCGUGAAUUCAAAAUGGCCGACAAUGAUAGCGUUUACACAUUAGUAACGAAAUUAUGUGAAUCUCAAUUAAGAGCGAAACAAAGAUAUGUGAACAAUGAAGCAUUAAAGAAACUACGAAGCAAAGCCUUUGAAAUAUUACUAUUUAAACGAAAAUUAAUUCCUGGUAGCUCAAAAACAUAACCUUAAUAUUAUUUUUUAUUUUUAAAUUAUAGACCAGUAUUGGUUAGAAAACUGUAAUGAUUACGAAUGCCAGUUUCUUGCAUGGCAGUAUAUUUUGAAGAAUACCUUCAAAGAAAAGAAAAUGGCGGAGGAAAUUGACAACUGCUUACAAAAAUUAUAAAAUCAAAUUAUGAUCCAUAUACUAUGAAAAGCAUAUUUCACUUUUUAUUAAAACUGAAACAACCUCCGAAGAGCAAUCAACAAGAUACUUUGGAAAUAACCAGUUUAUACCCCAAAACAAAAACUAAAUCAAAUUUUCACCUACAAGACCAAAUGUCUACUUUUAUUAAACCUUUAUCAUCGAAAUCAUUCCAUUUGUUAUCAUCACAUAGUGAAUAUUUUAGUCCUGAUCUAGAUAAACUGUCUGAAAUUAGAAUACCCUCAAGAUUAUCAAAAUCAGCGAAUACAUCAUCUGCAUGCACUACAAUUCCUGAAGAAACCGAUGAUGAUAAUAUUUACCAAAGUGCCCUGGAGGUAAAACCAAAAGUCAGCUUUUGGGAAAUUGAAUCAAGAACACAUUUCACCAAAAGACGAACAUGGGAAACACUCGGGAAUUCUACACCGAAACCUGAGAAACCUUCAAUUUCGGAAGCUAAUGUUGAACUUUAUGGUGUCAUUGAGAAAAUUAGAGUUUUAAAAGAAAGGCAACUUGAUUUAGAUAUAGAUGAUUACAAGCCGCAAAAACCGAUAAAGGUAUUAAGUAAAGAAGAGUAUAUGAAAGAUUUAAAAUCUUUAGUCGUUGGGAUAGAAUCAAACACGUUUAAAGCACAUAACGAUUCUUUCAUUUUAAAUGAAGAUAUUUUGUUUGAAAAUGUUGCUUUUGCUGUUUUUAAGCAAUACGCCAUGUUGAUGAUGAACGUUGGUAUUUGUUACAAAGCACUUUCAGCGAUGGUUUCAAUAAUUGAUGAUAAUAUUGUGGAUCAACACGGAUUUGUUUAUUUUGAAUUUUGCAACGCAGUUAAGCGCUACUUGACAUUUUUCGCCGCUGCCGCAUUAAAUAUGCACAUUAGCAAAGGGCUUAUCCAAUUCCACGCGCAUAUACGCAAAUUAUCCUUGCAUCUUUUUGCGGUGGCAUCCAUAUGCAAAGUUGGUACUUUCAAAGAUAAUAAUGGUUUAAAUAACACACAAGAUGGCGUCCAAGUAUUGAAUGUUUUGUACAAAAUGGUGUUCACACAGGCGAAUAGACAAGUUAUGCUAGUUUUGCAUUCCCUGUUGUAUCCUUGCUUUCAAAUUUAUUUUAUAAAAUAUCUUAACCCAUGGCUCUUUGAAGGAGAACUAAACGAUCCAUUUCAAGAAUUUUUCAUUCGUCAAAACAAAAAAUACUUUUUGAGUCGUGGAAGAACAUGUUGGACUCGAACUUUUUCAGUGUGCAAUGAAGCCAUUCCUAAUUUUUGUCGCGAAUAUGCGUAUAUUAUUUUAGAAUGCGGAAGAAUUACGAGUUUAUUGAAGUUAAUUGUGCCGCAAGCAAAAAUAUUUCAAUGUUACAAAACUAGAAAGAAUAUUGAAGAAACACAUUUGAUACAGUGUUGUAUUAGUGAGAAACAAAUGCAAACAAUGAAAAAGAAUGUCAAAUGUUAUGAACUGGACGUGAUUACUGAAAAUGGUGCACCGUUUUCAUUAAAAAAGAUGAUGGAAAUGAAACGCGAUGAGAAAUUAGUGUAUAAUCGGUUUUUAGCUGUCAGGAAAGCAUCUUCUGUAAAAUCUAUUGAAAUAAAAAAGCUUGAAAAAUCGAGUUGCAAUUUACUAAAAACUAAUGAAAUGUCCAAUAAACCACACUCCAAUGAAGAAUUUGCAAUUGAAGAGAAAGAAUCCAAAAUCUUAGAAAAAGAAGCCAAAAAUAUAAUCACAUAUUAUGAAAAUUUGGCCGAAACUGCCAAUAAACUGGAAAAAGUCAUAUCAAAACACAACAAACCAUUGAAGAACACACAUUUAGACGACUCGCAAUCGUCCACCACAUCUCAAAUUUCAUCCACUUCCAAAAACAGUAAUAGUUCUUCAAAACAGACCAAAAUUCCCCGAAGAAUCAAAUCGCAAUCAAGCGUGAAAACAAAAACAAAGAAUAGAAAGCUAGGCAACUCAAUGGACAAAGAAAGUAAAAGUUCUAAAAAGAUGACUAUUGCACAACAAAACAAAUUGAAAGUUCAAUUAACAGAAUAUUGCAAUGCGCUUGAUCCUGUUUAUUCUCUUACCCCUUCAUAUACUUCUUCUAUUGAGAGUAAUGAUAUUGCCAAAGUCCCUGAGGCAAUGGAUGAUAACGUAGAAACAAGUUCAAAUUCACUUAAAAAUUAUAUUAAACAACCAAAUUUUACCCUUGAUAAAUUUAAAUCAAAUGAAAUAGUAAAUUUCCAACAAGAGCAACAACAAAACAUUCCAUUAAGAGUGAGAUUUGAGGAAACACCAAACAUUCAGUUUCAUUUUAUGAACAAUUACAUAUCACAGUCAAUUUUAUUUCCAAUUCGCGUACAGCACUCUUUGGCUAAAGCAGAAUUACUAAAACACUUCAUAGUAGAUAGGCAAUAUAUAACACAUUUAGAAAACAUGCGGAGUUUUUAUUUCCUAUUGGAUUGUGGAUUCGCCCGGAAUUUAACUCAUGCACUUUUUGAAAGAAUUAUUAAUACUAAUGUUUCCGAAGUUUUGUUUGAUCAAAAAAUACUGAAUAGUAUUAUGUGCCAUGCUAGAUGUGCAUGUGUACAACGGCUGAGUUAUAAACAACGUGUGUACUUGAGUUUUAUCCCAAUGGAAAAACUUCCACAGUUAAGUGAUGUUCAUAUAUUGGAUUGUGUCUCAAUGACGUACGAAGCAAAAUGGCCGCUGAAUAUUUUAAUGCCAACGAAAGUUACGGAUAAAUAUGAUGAAGUGUUUCAGUUUUUGAUUAAAGUACAUCGGGGUGAAUGGAUAUUGCGCCAAGUUUUUAUGAAUUUGAAAUUAUUGAAGCAUCAAUAUGGCCACCGAUUCGUGCUAAUGCAGCUGUCCCCGCAGUAUCAAAAAUUGCAACUGAUGCGACACGUGAUGACGCAUUUCAUGCAAACUUUUCAGAAUUACGUCGUCGGUGAAGUGUUACAGAUUAGUUGGGCUACAUUUCAGCAGGUUUUGACAGAUAUUGAUGACUUUGAUGCGUUAUACCAAGCGCAUAGUAUUUAUAUGAAGCAGAUACACUUUUUGUGUUUCUUACAUCAGAAAACAUCACCAGUUCGUGAUAUAAUCAUGAAUAUUUUUGGAAUAUUUCUAAAGUUUAAUGAUUACCUGCGAUCUCGAGAAUGGUGGCUGGACGAGGACGAAUUUACUCAUCCCAACUUUUCGAAGAUGGAAUGCAUUUACAUUAACUUCCUAGCGUUGGCUAAGUAUUUUGUGAAAAUAUGUCGAAAAAUUGCCCGAGCGGCUUACCAACCUCAAUUUACCCAACUGGUUGAUACAUUGGACAGGAAUGAGUUUUACAGCACACAUAGUACAUUUUAAAAUUAAAGUAAUGAUUGAUAAAUACUUAGAAUAAACGUUUUAUUGAAAA